AUGGCUCCAGGCUUAGAAGACCGCCGGAUGGCUUCCGUCCAACCUCGCCUCAAAUACAACACCGUUGGAGGUGUCAACGGACCCCUGGUCAUCCUCGAAAAUACCAAAGUCGAAUUCUCCGGCCACAGUAUGAAGCUAGGUGUCUCGGAAGACAUGUUGGGUCGAGUGUUCGAUGGAUCCGGACGUGCAAUUGAUAAGGGACCCAAGGUCCUUGCCGAAGAAUAUCUUGACAUCAACGGCAGUCCUAUAAAUCCUUAUUCGCGAACCUACCCUGAAGAGAUGAUUUCCACUGGAAUUUCUGCAAUCGAUACCAUGAACUCAAUUGCUCGAGGACAAAAAAUUCCUAUUUUCUCUGCUGCCGGUCUUCCUCACAACGAAAUUGCUGCCCAAAUUUGUCGCCAGGCUGGUUUGGUGAAGGGACCAAGCAAGGGAGUACAUGAUGACCACGAGGAGAACUUCUCCAUCGUUUUCGCCGCCAUGGGUGUUAACAUGGAGACCAGUCGAUUCUUUACCCGAGACUUCGAAGAAAACGGCAGUAUGGAGCGUGUCACUCUCUUCCUUAACCUUGCUAAUGAUCCCACAAUUGAGCGUAUCAUCACUCCUCGUCUAGCACUGACCACUGCAGAGUACUACGCUUACCAGCUAGAGAAACACGUUCUUGUCAUUUUGACCGAUCUUUCAGCUUACUGUGACGCUCUUCGAGAGGUCUCUGCGGCCAGAGAAGAAGUUCCGGGACGACGUGGUUACCCCGGUUAUAUGUACACUGAUUUGUCCACCAUUUAUGAGCGCGCUGGUCGAGUUGAGGGACGAAACGGCUCUAUCACUCAAAUCCCCAUCUUGACUAUGCCCAACGACGAUAUCACUCACCCAAUUCCUGAUUUGACUGGUUAUAUUACCGAGGGCCAAAUUUUCAUUGACCGUCAACUUGACAAUAAGGGUAUCUACCCACCAAUCAACGUGCUUCCAUCUCUCUCCCGAUUGAUGAAAUCUGCCAUUGGUGAGGGCCGUACCCGUAAAGAUCACGGUGACGUUUCCAACCAGCUGUAUGCAAAGUACGCCAUUGGUCGUGAUGCCGCCGCUAUGAGAGCAGUCGUUGGUGAAGAGGCUUUGUCUGCCGAAGACAAGCUGUCGCUUGAAUUCCUGGACAAAUUCGAGCGUACCUUUAUUUCUCAGUCUCCAUACGAAUCUCGAAGUAUCCACGAGUCGUUGGAUCUCGCCUGGAACCUUCUCCGAAUUUACCCUAAGGAUCUACUCAACCGUAUCCCCAAGAAGGUUAUCGACGAAUUCUACCAACGAUCAGGCAAGGGACGAGCUCGUCCAACCAAGGAUACGCGGGACACCACCGAGCCCGCUGCUCCCGCUGAAAACAAUCUCAUAGACGCUUGA